UUUGUUGUUUCAGUUGUACCAGAAACAGAUCCUUAUCAACCUGAAGAAUUCAAUAUCUUGAAAGGUAUUCGAAAGCAAGCUGUCAAGUCCAAAUCUACUAAUAAAAGCUUUACCAAAAGAAUAUGGUAAGCCUCUAUUUAAAGUGAACAUCAAACCAAAUACUGCCUACGUGAAGACUGGUCUAUUUUAAUAUUGUAAUGUUUUAACAUUCAUAUUCAUCAGAUUAUUUCGAAUCUAACCUGCUUCAUCUUUACUAUUAUAGGUGUUCAAUUUCAAUAUUAGGAUAUGAGUACAAUAUAAAAUUAACAAUGAAACAAAAAAAAAAUUAAUUAAUAGCUGAAUGUAUUAUUAUUCAUUCAUCCGUGUUAAAAAUACAUUCAAUAUGAAACAACAGUAAAAAAAAGUAUUACGUAAAAAUUAAAACAAUAGUUGAUUACAAUAAUAAUCCAACACUAAUCUAGCAAUAUUUAUCUAUAACAAACACAAUUACAUAAUAAGCAAAAGUUACAAACAUACAUCCGUACGGACGCGCAGGUCAAGCUCUAGUUAUAUCUAAAAUACAUUACAUUUGAAAUGAGAAACAAAUAAAAAGUGGACAAGAAAAAAAAAUUAUCUGCGCGGGUCAAAAUAACAAUUUAAACAGAAACAAAUAAUAAUUUAAUAGUAACUUAGUAAAUUACCUAUUUGGAUGUAUGUGUUCAAAAGAAUCUGGUUGACUAUAUAUAUAAGCUAAACGAGAGGAGUCCAGUAAAAAAAAAACUUCAAUAGAUAAAAACAUAAAAUGGAGAGUUUCUUUGUUGAGGCAGUGAAUGCAAUAUGGUGGAUAGUUGUUGUUGGAAUCAUCGGUGUGGGGUAUCAUGCAUACGGCGGAGCCGUGGUGGAACAGUGGAGGAUGCGGAGAUAUCUAAGGAAGCAAGGCGUGAAGGGUCCUCCACCUUCGAUCUUUAACGGCAAUGUGUCAGAGAUGAAGAGAGUCCAGUCAGAGACUAUACAUUAUUCCGGAGAUAACAUCAUUUCUCAUGACUAUUCUUCUUCUCUCUUUCCCUAUUUUGAACACUGGCGAAAACAAUACGGGAGAGUCUACACAUACUCGACGGGAUUAAAGCAGCACCUUUACAUAAAUCACCCGGAAAUGGUGAAGGAGCUUACCCAAAUCAACACGCUUAACGUUGGCAGAAUCACUCACGUCACCAAACGCCUUGAGCCUAUUCUUGGCAAUGGCGUUAUCACCUCUAAUGGUUCUCAUUGGGCACAUCAGCGUCGUAUCAUGGCCCAUGAGUUUACCCACGACAAAAUUAAGGGAAUGAUUGGUUCAAUGGUGGAUUCUGCGAUGCAAAUGUUGAGCAAAUGGGAAGAGAUGGUGGAAAGAGGAGGACAAAUGGGGUGUGAGAUAAGGGUAGACGAAGACUUUAAGGAUGUCUCAGCUGAUGUCAUCUCUAGGGUUUGCUUUGGGAACUCUUUCUUCAAAGGAAAAAAGAUCAUCUCUAUGAUUAACGAUCUUUCGACCGCCAUCACUCGAUGCAGCUUCCUCUUCAGAUUAAAUGGCUUCACUGAAAUGGUGUUUGGGAGUAAGAAGCAUAGUGAUGUGAAUACUAAUGAGCUUGAGAAGGCUUUGGAAUCUUCGAUAUGGGAAACGGUGAAGGAGAGGGAAAGUGAAUGUGUGGAAGCUCACAAGAAGGACCUAUUGCAGUUGAUACUAGAUGGGGCAAUGCGUAGCUGCGAUGGUAACUUGUGGGACAAGUCAGCCUAUAAACGUUUUGUGGUCGAUAAUUGCAAGAGCAUCUUAGUUGCUGGCCAUGAGUCAACCGCUGUAUCCGUGUCUUGGUGCAUUAUGCUACUCGCUCUCAAUCCUAAUUGGCAGAUUCGAAUUCGAGAUGAAAUCUUGAGUUCUUGCAAGAAUGGCAUUCCUGACGCAGAAACAAUUCCAAACCUCAAAACGGUGACUAUGGUAAUCCAAGAAACAAUGAGGCUAUACCCACCAACACCAAUCGUGGGAAGAGAAGCAUUCACAGACAUCAGACUCGGGAACCUAGUGGUGCCAAAAGGAGUGUGCAUUUGGAAUCUUAUUCCAGCCUUACACCGAGACCCUGAGAUUUGGGGAGAAGAUGCAAACGAGUUCAAGCCAGAGAGGUUCAGUGAGGGGAUCUCUAAGGCUUGCAAAUAUCCUAAGUCAUACAUGCCAUUUGGCUUCGGACCAAGAAUAUGUUUAGGCAAAAACCUUGCUAUGAUGGAAGCCAAGGUGCUUGUGUCACUUAUUGUGUCAAAGUUCAGUUUUACUCUGUCUCCGACAUAUCAGCACUCUCCAAACCACAAACUGCUUGUGGAGCCUCAACAUGGUGUUGUUAUUAGGAUUGUUCGACAGUGACAUCUUGUGUUAUGUGAUGCACAUUUAUUAUUACUUGCUUGAGAGAAAGUUCUGGUACUAAAAGAAAUACCCUUUAUGAAUUAUGAGUUCUGAACUUUGUUAUAUUAGUGAUUAUAAUUUGCUUGUAUCCUGUGUGCGAGUGUUUUAUCGAAAAAUUAAUUUGUUUUCGUUUCCAAUGAAACCAUUGUUAGUUUUUGUUGUCUUUGUCAAUUAACCUUUCUAAACAGCAGUAUUACAAUUAACUUGGUUAAUUUGUUUAAAAAAUUGUAGCAUUGUGAAAUGCAUUUAGUAUUAGAAAAUACUUAAUUCAUAAAUUUAUACGAAAUCAAUGUUGAAAACACUGCGUUUAUAAUUAGUUUUCGAAUAAAGGUGAAACAAAACCCCCGUUUCCUAGCAUUAGCACUUCUGACCCUUCUGUACUCUCUCAUUCAUCCCGACCUAACUAGUUUAUACUGUAUAAAAAAUUUCUACAUAGUAGACUAAAAGUAUGGGUCAAAUGAUCUCACUUUUGAUAAGCACACUGCACACCACAUAAUGACAUAAUCCAACAUCCACUAGGCCACAACUAUAUUAGCUUCGGAACCCUUCUUCAUUAUAUGGCUUGGUACACAAAGGCCAUUAUUAUUUUCUUUAUUUUUAUUCUAACUUCUGCUGUUGGUUUGUUAUUAAUUGGGUUAUUGAGCUUAAGAACAUUAAUUGGUUUGUGUGCUAUAAAUGAAAAAAAGACUAUUGUUUUUAUUUUGGUCUAUAGUUUAAUCUGGUUAUCACAUAGAUUUGAAAUUUCAAUCAAUUGAUUUGCAUAUCUUACGAUCAUUCAUUAAAAUAAGUUGUUUCGUAUAAUUAAUAGAUGAAAAUUUGUAUAUAUGUAGAAAAUGCCAAGAAAGGUGUGCCUGAAUGAUUUGUUUUGUAUUGUUUAGAACAUGAGAUUGUGGGUGGAAGCAUGCUGGUUAACCUUUCUAUAAAGUUUAGUCAACCAAACCAAUACACCUUCUCUUUUCCUCUUUAAUAAUGAAAAAUAAACAUCUGAUUCCUAAAAUAAAAAGUUUUUAAGAUAUACAAAAAAAUAAUCAAAGUUAAAUGAAUAAUAAGAGAGAUAGACGUGUGGACAUCUGAGGGUGAUUCUCUGCCAACAAGAAGAGAAUAGCUUAAGAUUAAAAAUUAAGUAAGAAAGAGAUAAUAUUAAGAUGCUCUUCUCUAUACCUCAACCUCAUUUCAUUGGUCCCCCUGCUUUGAUCUUUACCUAUGACUUUUAACUAGUACUAACCACGUUUUUUCUCAAAAACGAUAUGAAUAUCCAAGGAUGGCAUGGAACUGGUGAUGCAUCAUAUUGGCAUCUUACCAGAAAUAGAUCUAAAUUUUGUGUAGGGUCAGUCUUUUAUGUAUAUGAUUUUGUCAAUAGUAAAAAGAUUCUAAAUAUAUUGUUGUAAGCGAGAAUAUUUUAUUUCGAAAAGAAAGAAAAGAAAACGUUAAAGCUCCAAAAGAUUAGUUUAUAUUGUUGGAUAAUAAUUUCAAUUGAAUUGAUGUAUGAUAUUAUGAUAUUUUAUAUGUAUGCAAUGCAUGUUCAAAACUACAAGGAAUUAUUCCUUUCUUUUUAUCUAGUUGAGCUGUGACCAACUCAACCACUCUUUUAGAUUGGUUUAAAACCAUGAUUAACCCGGAGUUUUUAGAGUGGGGUUCUUAGCGUAAGUUAAGAAACAGUUUCUUAACUUCCGCUAAGAACCACAUCGUAAGAACCCCGAGUUAAUUAUGCUCUAAGAACAUUAAAUAAUGGCUGGGUUUCUGCGUAUAUAAAACUCAUACACUGUAUGGCUAUACCAGAUGACAAGAUGACAGGAAAUAGCUCAAACUUUCUUACAUGAUCAACAAUUAUAUUCUGCACAUCUCAAAUAACACAUAAUAUAUUAGAGAACACUUCUUAUUAUAAAGAAUAAAAUAUCAACUUUAACGGUUUUACCCUUUUCAAAAUGAAUACUGGCAAAAUGAUCAACUUGUAACUUCUUUUUGUUUCAGUAAUGAUCAAAUGAAACAUGUAAAAACGAUAUAUCAUGUAUAUUAAAAAAAACAGUUUUCCUAGAUUUGACAAAAAAAAACUUAUUAAUUUUCCAUGUAACCUUUCUCUUUUAUAAUUUUAUAAAUCAAUCUAGGUUUGGACGUUUAGAGGUGUUGGAUUCGAUUCAUUUGAUUUGGAUUUUUGGUGUUAUGUUUAUAAAUCACAUUUGGAUUUUAGUAAUUAUUGAGUCGAGUUCGGUUCGAUUCUUUCUGAGUUCGGUACGGAUCAGUUAAUAAACAACGUCUGAAAUCGCCUAAAAAUAUUUUUUUAACCAAAAAAUCGACAAAAGCAUAAUCAAAAUACAUAAUUUAUUCACAAAUUAAACUAUCUAAACUAACUAAAAAUAUUUAAAAUAAAAAAUACAACAAACUACAAAAAUCUAUAAAAUAGUUUAAAACAUCUAAAUUACUUUAAUAUAUAUAUAUAAAUAUUAGGGUCAUUUAGCCGAAUAUACAAAAUGGAGUCGGUAAUUACCUAUGUAUGCAGAUUUUGAAAAUAUUUGCAUAUAUAGUAAAAUGUUGGACUUGGUCUGGCAAUAAGACCCUCAACACCCUAUAGAGCCCCUACGAUAUGUACUGUAGGUGGAUUUAUUGUGGAUCAAAUUAAAUUAUUAAAAUAUAUAAAGUAAUUUUUUUUUCUUAUAA